AUGACUGCCCUGGCAGAACAUUGGACGCGCAUACCCUCCUAUAAAAUUGUGAUGCAGGUUCCAGCAGUUGUCGCCGCCAGCAGCCAGCAGCGGUCCCGGCCAGCAGCCAGCAGCGGUCCUGGCCAGAGCCAGCAGCAGUCCCGGCCAGCAGCCAGCAGCGGUACUGGCCAGCAGGGAGCAGCGGUCACAGCCAGCAGCCAGCAGCAGUCCCGGCCAGCAACUGGCAGUGGUCCUGGCCAGCAGCCAGCAGCCAGCAGCGGUCCGGGCCAGCAGCCAGCAGUGGUCCCGGCCAGCAGCCAGCAGCGGUCCCGGCCAGCAGCCAGCAGCGGUCCCGGCAAGCAGCCUUCAGCGGUCGUGGGCAGCAGCCAGCAGCGGUCCCGGCCAGCUGCUCGCAGCGGACCCGGCCUGCAGCAAGACCAAAAAGAUCUAAUCUCGACGAUGAGCAAGGUAGUCGUGGCUCUGCUCAAGAACUCGGAUCUACCAGAGGAAGUGAAGAAGCGGCUGUAUUCUAGGAUGCCAGCAACACCACCCCUGUACGAACUGCCGAAAACCCAAAAAGAAGUGGUGCAUCUAUACUUGACACAAUCAGUUCACCCAAGUAGGGAUUGUCCAGAUAACUGGCGACACUUCUAA